AUGGGCCUCCUUCCGUCCACCAGUCCUGAUGGGAGAGUUGAUGCUGGUGGCGUCAGUGUCACAGAUUUCCUUCACAGCCUGUUUGAUCUGGUGCUCAUUGGCCUUGGCAUCAAUGAACACAGACCGGCAGGACCAGUGGACGCCAAUGGCAACCAGCUCCUCUGGUACUGGCCGUUUGCAAUCAGUGAUCUGUACAACUGGCAAAUGCAAAAUGCCCCUUUCUCUAAGAAUCCCCAAGAACUUAUUAACCUUUUAGAAACUGUUUUGUUCACCCACCAGCCUACCUGGGAUGAUUGUAACAAGCUUUUAAGUAUCCUUUUCACCAUGGAGGAGAGGAACCGGAUUCUGGAGGCAGCCCGAAAAGCAGUGCCGGGACUGACCAGGGCCCCUUUGACAGAUCUGGUGACCAUUAAUGCUUAUUUGCCUGCCACCCGCCCUGAUUGGGACUAUAAUACAGCACAAGAUUCCGACUGGGGGAUUGGGUUCUGGUUCGGAGACAUCAUCACAAGACUCUUGAGUCUCGAUGGAAGGCCCCUUCGUCGUCCUCAUGACAACUCCCACAGCUCUCAAAACAGACGGGGUCGCUGCAUGGAUCCACUACUCUCACGCCCGACUGACAGACCUGGCCACUCCUCCUACAACGGAGCCCUGAGGAGAAACCUGGAACAUCCUCAAACAUCCAUCCAGCCCACUGAGACUCAAAUUGCACAGAGAUGGGGCCCAAUCCCAAAACCCUUCCAGCUAGCUUUGAUUUUGCUUUUGCUCUUGUUCUUCUUUUCCUUCCAUCAAGCUUCGGCUGUAAGUAACCUUCAUCAACCGUACCAGUGGGUGCUGAAUAGACAUGGCAAAGUCCUACAAUCAGGGACCGGAACACUUGGUGGCCAGCAAUGGUGUCCUUUGUAAUGACCCUUUGUGCUCUGGCCCCUCUCGGUUGCUGCUUAAAUGCUAGGAACUUUUAUAUGUGCCCUGCUUCAGGACCAACAUAUUGUAACAAUCCCAGUCACUAUUACUGUGCCUACUGGGGGUGUGAAACAAUAGCAUCUAACUGGAUACUAAAACCAGGAAAA